AUGGCAGCAUCACUGUUAGAGCCGCCAUUUUUAUCUAACCACCAACUCUUCUCCACAACCCACCACUCUUUUCAACCUCAAAAGCCAAUACCCAUUUACUAUUAUGUUCCUUUUUCUCGCUCUUCUUCCGCCUGCCCCCUCCGCCUUUGUGCCGCUGGUGAAAACGCCGAAUCGUCAGAACUACCGCCUCCAGCGAAGGCGGUGGCGGAGGAUAGUGUUCAAGAUAACAGGGUUUCGCUUGAAAGAAGCAAGGACCGACGCAAAGUGGUGAAACUAGCAUGGGAGAAGCUGGUUCGGUGGUCACGGUAUUGGCGCUCCAAGGCCAAGACUGACGUUCUUGAACGCACUAAAAAGGUGGUAGUUCUUGGAGGUGGAUCUUUUGGAACUGCAAUGGCUGCCCAUGUUGCUCAUAGAAAAGCUGAACUAGAAAUAAAUAUGCUCGUACGAGAUCCUGAAGUUUGUCAAUCUAUUAAUGAGAGUCAUUGUAAUUGUAAGUAUUUUCCAGAGCACAAGCUACCUAAAAACGUGGUUGCGACAACAAACGCUAAAGCUGCUCUACUCCAUGCUGACUUUUGCUUCCAUGCUGUGCCUGUGCAGUUCAGUUCAUCAUUCCUUGAGGGCAUUGCAGAUUAUGUUGAUCCAGGCUUGCCUUUUAUAUCCCUGAGCAAAGGUCUAGAACUCAAUACGUUAAGAAUGAUGUCUCAAAUAAUUCCCCGAGCAAUGAAGAAUUCUCGUCAGCCCUAUGUUGUUCUAUCUGGGCCUUCAUUUGCUCUAGAGUUGAUGAACAAAUUGCCAACAGCUAUGGUUGUGGCAUCAAAAGACAAAAAAAUGGCAAAUUCAGUCCAGCAGCUUCUAGCUUCUAGAAACCUGAGAAUCAAUACUUCAAGGGAUGUUACAGGGGUUGAAAUUGCAGGUGCACUAAAAAAUGUACUUGCCAUAGCAGCUGGAAUUGUGGAAGGGCUAAAUCUUGGUAAUAACUCCAUGGCAGCUCUUGUUGCACAAGGUUGCUCUGAGAUAAGAUGGUUGGCAACAAAGAUGGGUGCCAAAUCAACAACAUUGACUGGUUUAUCUGGAACUGGAGACAUCAUGCUCACUUGUUUUGUAAAUCUUUCAAGAAACAGAACUGUUGGUGUUCGUCUUGGAUCUGGGGAAAAACUCGAUGAUAUACUUAAUUCUAUGAAUCAGGUGGCUGAAGGUGUAUCCACUGCUGGUGCUGUGAUAACAUUAGCCCAGAAAUACAAGGUUAAAAUGCCAGUCUUGACAGCCGUUGCACGAAUUAUCGACAACGAACUUACUCCUGCAAAAGCAGUUUAUGAACUAAUGAACCUCCCUCAGGUUGAAGAAGUUUAG